CAAUUCCUGACUGAGCAGUAGCUUGUAAGCGCCGGGGAGCACCGGUGUUUGUUGACAACUUAAUUCGGUGAGAAACUUAGAAUCUACUUAGCUACACAGAGCUGCUCGGUUAAUAUUUAAAGAUGGCGGAGGAGGAGGAUGAUCCCGGUUUUGAUGAAGAACUGGAUGAAGUCGGUAAUGGUGUAGAAUCGGGACAUGGACGAAGAAAGAGACUUUUCUCUAAGGAGCUGCGCUGUAUGAUGUACGGAUUUGGAGACGAUCAGAACCCGUACACUGAAUCAGUGGAUAUCCUGGAGGAUCUGGUGAUCGAGUUCAUCACAGAGAUGACCCAUAAAGCCAUGUCCAUCGGGCGCCAGGGUCGAGUUCAGGUGGAGGACAUUGUGUUUCUGAUCCGGAAAGAUCCAAGGAAGUUCGCUCGAGUGAAAGAUCUGCUGACCAUGAACGAGGAGCUGAAGAGAGCACGCAAAGCUUUCGAUGAGGCUAAUUAUGGAUCCUGAACUGACCACACAAGAUCCUACUGUUCCUACACACAGCUCCAGCUUCAUCACAGCUCCAUCUUCAUCAUCACAGCUCCAGCUUCAUCACAGCUCCAUCUUCAUCAUGACGACUGUUUAUCAGAGUCAGGAUUUGAUUCUUCAUCAGAAAGUGUUUGUUUUUCACAUUUUUAUACAUUGCCAUCAUGACUUUUUAUAAUUACAUGACCUGUUUUUUUAUUAUAGUUCUGCAAAGUACAACGUACAUGUUAUGAUUAAAAUUUUCAAUAAAAUACAUUUUUGGAAAACA